UGUCUUGAAUAUUUCCUCUCUCUUUCAGUGCUCAGAUCAGGAAUGCCUGGGACAACAACAAAUCCAUGGCCAGGAACCUGCAGGAGAUGGGUCUGUCGUUUGAUCCCAACCGUACUUUGCCCAUAAAGAAACAGACACUCCUCGGAGGAAACACCGAUGACAGAAGACCUGCCCACAUCGUCACCAAACCUUACAUCCUCACCAAGUUGCAGGAGGAGGCUAGCCUUCAGGAGAAGGACUCCAAGACGUUGUCAUCCGACCUGAUCGAGUACGCCCAGCACAUGAUCCGAGAACAUAAGGACAACUACAAGGCGAUGGCUCGAGAUGAGAAGAACUACUACCAGGACACACCCAAACAGAUCAAGAGAAAAAUCAACGAGUACAAGCGCUGCCACCCGCAGCACUAUGAAGCCUUUGUCAACUCACUCGCUGCUCCGGAGGCCAUGGAUCAGUAGAGCCAUCAAGUCUGGGACUGAACACCAGAGCCACACAGCCAGCUGUUUGUUGGAAAAUCUGAUGAACAAGCAGAGACUCUGUGUUUAUGCUUUUUCCGUUUGUAGUUUUUCUAUUUUGUUCUUGCUUCUUAAAAACUACUUUUUAAUUUAUCAUAAAUGGCUCAAAACCA